CACACCCUAAACUCUUUUUAGGGUGGGCUCUACGACGGUGAUGUUUUCUUCUCACGGCGUUAGUCCGAAAAAAGACGAACCGUGAACAUGUCCGACAAGCAAAAAGACGACUGCGGAGGAAGUGUUGCCACAGACAGCAAACCAACAGGUGAAAGCAAGCAAGUAUGCACGGAAAACCAAACAGAGACCGACUCCUUCAUCAGAAGCUACCUGGAUCCUGCAGAGGAGUACAAGAUGGGCAACAAACGACGAGGUCUUGCACUGAUCUUUAAUCAGGAGCGCUUCUUCUGGCGCCUGGGCUUGAAUGACAGAAAUGGAACCAAUGCUGAUCGUUACAAUUUGGAGAAAAGAUUGAAGGACCUAAACUUUGAAGUGAGGUGUUAUGAUAACUACAAGCAGGAGGCAGUCCUAGAUGAAAUCGCCAAAGCUGCGGAGGAAGAUCACUCAGAUGCGGAUUGCUUUUUCCUCGCCUUCCUGAGCCACGGAGAGGAUAACCAUGUUUAUUGCUACGAUGGAAAAAUCAGUAUCCAGGAGAUCACGUCCAAGUUCAAGGGAGAUAAGUGCCAGGACCUUGUUGGAAAGCCAAAGAUCUUCGUAAUACAGGCAUGUCGAGGAGAAAAACAUGACGAUCCAGUUACCCCCGCUGAUGCAGUGGAUAGCAAAGUAGAGGUGUUUGUGGAUGCCAGUGCCAUACACACGCUCCCUGCUGGGGCUGAUUUCAUCAUGUGCUAUUCUGUGGCUGAAGGUUAUUACUCACACCGGGAGACUAUCAAUGGCUCCUGGUAUAUCCAAGAUCUGUGUGAAUUGCUCCAAAAGCUUGGUGAUACCCUGGAAUUCACAGAGUUACUCACGCUGGUCAAUAGAAAAGUGUCCAUGAGGAGUGUUCUGAGAGCUCGUGACCUACACGCUAUCGGGAAGAAGCAAGUACCUUGUUUUGCUUCAAUGCUCACCAAGAAACUUUACUUCCGACCAAAAAAGUAACACUGUCACACCUCAGUCUUUCAAUAAGUGGGUUUAUGUGGGUUUUUUUUUUUUUUAACUAGAUAGGGCUUCUAAACAGGAAUUUACACUUGGCACCAGAUUAGGACUAAAUGUAUAUAAUUUUCUGCAUCACCAUCUGAAUAUGAACACAUGCAAAGUGACCAUCUAAUGCAGUUUAUUGCUUCAUUCAGCGCCUGUUAGGCUCUAUGGGGGUCAUAUGUAAAACAUGUUUCUUUGGCAAAGAAUUAGUGUUGUUCUUAUGGCAAAAAUUUAAAUAACUAAACAGUGAAAAUGUGGUUUCCAGAAGAUUAAAACAAACAAACAAAUUAACUCUUUAAUCUUGGCCAGACUUUCCCAGUUAUCUCUGAAUGCAAACCAAUAGUUGGGAUUAUAAUGGAGUCUAACCCAACAACCCCUACAGUAACUGAUAUUUGAACUGUUGUUGGAAAUAGAGAUGCUGUUUUACUUAGCGAGCACAACUGUGGCUGUCUUCUGACUAAGUUGAAUAUCCAUCCAUCCAUCCAUCCAUCCAUCCAUCCAUCCAUCCAUCCAUCCAU